GCCGACAGAUGUCGCCAAAGUUGCUAGACAACAAUAAACAGUAUGGCGACUACCAUGUAGGGACAGGAGAUUUUAUGAGGGUGUUGGUAUUAGUUUCAACGGUUUAGGGGGAUUUUUAUUUUAGUGACGAUAAAAAACACAAACAUGCCGGAAAAUCUUCCACCAAUCGAUCGUGACAAUAACGAUCCAAAUGGGAAAUUCAAGGCAAGGAAUUGGCAGAAAAAGGAUGUAAAAAAGAUGCAUCCCCAACUAAGAAGUAAAUACCUGGCAUACGAGGAUCCAGCAAAGGAAAUAACAGAAGCCCAGAGUGUAACAAACAAAAGGCUGUUGGAUAGGAAACGCAAUGAAAUUAGGUUGAAUGCUCCGCUGCCGGACGAGGAGUACGAGGAGCGAGAGAAACACGCUAAGCUAAUUGGACAAUUGAAAGCCGCUGAAUCAAGAAAUAGAUUAAGGAUCAUGAGAUUACGGUACCAAUCAAAUAGGAGUCAAGAAAUCAGUCAUUUGAUUGCGUGUCAGCCCACAGCUGCCAGGGCUGUACGGUUACAGGCUUUGGUUCCCUCGUACGCUGAACGCCGACAAAGGAAGGACACUCUGGAUAAGUUAUCGAGGGAGCGCUGUGAAAGGUUGCUGGAAGAUUCUCAGGGAUUGCUCGUGAACAGAAUGCACUGAGUCCUUCAAUUAUUUUUGAGUAAUUUUCAUAUUAUUUCAUCAUCAUUUCAUUUACUGUAGGAUAAACUGACCAAUGAGAAUCAGAGUCACAUGUGACCCAGUAAAUAUUCGGAGAUGUAUGUAUAGUCAACUGGAAACACAAUAUAUCUGACAUAUUUAUAUAUCUUUCUAUUGAAAUUAUCUUUUUGUUCUGAUGAAAUAAGAUUUGUUUGAUCAUGUAGGUAAUUUUAGACACAAUGGUACUGGCUACACUUUUUGAAGUUGUACACUUCAGCAGAUUGCCUGUUGUUAAACAAAAAUAGAGUAGAUUAAGAUGGUAAUCAUGUAGAUUUUUGGGAGCAGGAAGGGGGGGGGGCAUGGUUUUAAUUGAUAUACAUAUUUGAAUUGUUUAAACAUGUUUGACAGUACGUUUUUAUGUAGAUCUACACAUAUUCACAACUGUUUAUACAUAGUGUGAUAUCAUUAAAAAUUUCUGAUUUAAUAUUUCAUUCACAUAUUUUGUUGUACAGUGCUUUUAUUUUUUUUUCAUCUAUAUGUAAUAUUUUGUAAAUAUCUUUGUAUAUAAGUUUGUGUAUACAAUUGUGUGCUGUCAGUUAUGUUUUGAUAUUUUCCGCAGUAUUGGAUGUUAUAUUUUGUAUCAUUUAGACAAUAUUUAUACAUAUACAUUGACCCUUUCUGUAAUUAAACAUGUUUUUAUAUACAUUAUAUAUACAACAUCCACAAAGAUUAUUUGUUCCUUUUUGCUUACAUUGUAACUCUAUUCUGUAGAUGCCAUGCCCAAAAACGUGCUAAACAAAAUUAAUUUCGUAGUUCUUGGCAAUUUUGAAAACUACAAACAAGGCUUAUCUAAUUCCGUGGUACAAACAAGCAGAAUUAUUUUACAAAAGUUUAUGCAAUUUUGAUCAAAUAUGAUGAUGGAGAUUUUUUUUAUGGAAAUCUGGCUGGAUUCAGGAGUUGCUUCCCUUAUUUCAUAUUGAGGGCUUCUGUAUGCCCUAUGUAUCUACCUGAAACCUAGAAGACAAAAACCUAACAUUCCUCUACAGUUACUGGACAUUGGUAAAGCUCUUAACUCCUGAAUUAUAAAUAAAAAGUCAGAAUAUUCAUUAAAUUAUAGAUAUUGGUAAGAAUACCAGCUUGUAUUACUGCUGUUAAUUGAAAGAAAUACAAUUCUUAAUCAACAAAACAUUUAUUUGUACAUGUAUGUAAAAAAAAAUCCUAGAAGUUUUCGAAAAGUAAAGGAAGUAUUAUAUAGAUCACCUUUAUAAGAAAAAUAUACCUGUUUCUCAUCCUCACUAGAAUUCCCAUCCCCCUUAACCCCACCAUUUCAUGUUUUCAAAAUGUUCAUACUUACUGUAGUUUAUAGAACCAUAUAUACAAAAGCUAAAUUUAACUUCAAAAUGAUCAGAUAUAUAGACCUGGGCCUGUAUUCAUUAAACCUUUCCUAUGCUCAAGCAUGAAGUCUGUGCUCAAGCCAACUUCGUUUCUAGUUACUUGCUUAUAUCAUGUUACAUGGUCCUAAAGGCAAGUGUAAACAUUGAAAACAGGAUUUGGCUUUACGUCUCUCAAAAUGCUUCCAUUACAUGGACAAAAUGUAAUUUUAUUAUUAAUUUAUGACAGUAAAAAGAUAUUGGACUUGCGCACAGAAACAGGGUUUGAGCAUGAGAACGGUUUCAUGAAUACGGGCCCAGUAUAUGUGAAUAGUCACUAAAUCCGUCCAGGAAUGCUGCAAUAUUAAUGAAAAUGAUUUCUUAAACUCCAAAGGGGACAUGCUAAACACCAGGCCCCAGUUACUUGAAGGUUGGUUAGAGUUAUACAACUGGUUAACUCAUUCACCCCUGAAAACACAUUUGAACCCUUCCAAUCCAAAGGUUGGAAUAGUUCAUUAUGAAAUUUCAGGGAUAAAUUAGUUUCAACUUAAAAAAAAAAUAAAAUUGUGUUACAACUUGAGUAAUCACAAAAGAGCAAGCUUAUGUUUUUGACACAUGCUUAUUUGUUUAAUACAUGUAUGUUGUAUUAAUUUCAACAUCAAAGCAAUUAAGUAAAACGAACUAGACAAAUUGGCAGCGACUUUAUGACAUUUACAGUUUACAUAAGGUAUUUCAGAAAUCAUUUUCACUUUUGGGGGGCUUGUGCAAAGACUGCAGGCCAUGGUGCAUAUAGGCUAAUUCUGUACAUAGUUAAAUAACACAGACGUCCCAUUUAGGACUUACCUGUGUAGAAAGUAGUCGAGAUUUGUAGCUAGAAUUAUAUAACCUUCCAUUGUUAUAUUAUUUACCUUGCUAUAUCUUACUAUAACAAAGUGAAUAUUUUAUAUGUGUAAUUUAAAGUACCCUACAUACAUGUACUGCAUACUUUCCAACCCUCCCUAUUUA